AUGGCAACAACAUUGAAAAAAAUAGUGGGAGUACUUUUGAAUUUGGAAGAUAUUGGAGGGAAAGUGUGGCGGUUUCGAUACUCUUAUUGGAACAGUAGCCAAAGCUACGUUCUGACGAAAGGUUGGAGCCGGUUUGUUAAAGAGAAAAAUCUGAAAGCCGGUGAUACGGUUUGUUUUCAACGCUCUACUGGACCGGAUAAGCAGCUCUUUAUCGACUGGAAAGUAAGAAAGAAUGUUGUUAAUGAGGUUGGACAGGUUGUUGAGCCGGUUCAGAUGGUUCGGCUAUUUGGAGUUAAUAUUUUCAAACUCCCUGGAUCCGAUGGGAAUAGUAAUGUGAAUGGUUUCUGCAAUGGGAAGAGGAGAGAGAUGGAAAUGUUUACUUUUGACUCUUGCAAGAAGCCUAAAAUUAUUGGAGCUUUGUAA